AUGGUUGAUAAAAGAUGUUCAAAAAACUUUCCAAAGAAAUUCACACCACAUACAACUAUUGAUUCAAGUGGUUUUCCUGUAUACAGAAGAAGAGAUUCAGGUCAUACAGUUAUAAAAUUUGGUGUUAGAUUAGACAACAGAAGUGUCGUUCCUUAUAACAAAAGGCUUUUGAAAAGAUAUCAAGCAGACAUUAAUGUUGAAUGGUGUAAUCAAGCCGGUUCAGUGAAAUAUUUGUUCAAGUACAUUAACAAAGGCCUUGAUAUGGCUACUGCGGUAGUUUCUGGUGAUACAAAUUCAACCAUUAAGGAAAAGCCAAAAGACGAGAUCAAGGAGUAUUAUGAUUGUAGAUACAUUUCAGCGUGUGAGGCAUCCUGGAGAAUAUUCUCUAAUGAGAAUGUUGUGUAUGGUGCGGAUGACGCUAUUGAUAAUAUUUUAAGCAAGCCUUCUGUUGCUUCUUCAAUAUUUGUGCAAUGGAUGAAGCUGAACGAGACAAAUGAAGAUGCUAGAAACCUGACUUAUGUUGAGUUUCCUUAA